AUGGUUGCAUGUGAUUUUGAUCUUCGUUUUGUAUAUGUCCGAGCUGGCUGGGAAGGUUCUGCUUCUGAUGCUAGGAUUCUCCAACGUUCGAUUGAGCAAGGUUUUGAAGUCCCAAGGGGUAAAUAUUAUCUUGUAGAUGCAGGAUAUGCUAAUACCCCGAAUUUUAUUGCUCCAUAUAGAGGUGUCCGUUACCAUUUACAGGAGCAAGAUGCUGUUGAGGAUUUCGAUAAUGAGGCCGAAGAAACUAUUGUUCCUAAUGGAGAUGAGUCAUACGGAGAGGAUGUUGACACCAUGAACUCUGAGCGAAAUGCGGGUGCUCGUAAAAGAGAUGAAAUAGCAAUGUAA